AUGGCGCUGUACAGCCAGGGUAGCUCAUCAAAAGCUACCCCACGAGCGGGUACAAGCGAGUUCGAUAUCCUUAAGGCCUCUCACAAGUUCCUCAGGGAAGAUGAUAAGCAGAGUGAAUUAUCUUGGGACGAGCAACUCGCGAAGAAAUACUACCAAAGCUUAUAUCGCGAGUUCGCGGUAUGCGAUCUGAAACACUACAAGUCAGGAAAUUUUUCUCUGCGCUGGCGGACAGAGUCUGAAGUGAUUUCUGGGGCUGGUGAGACGACCUGCGGCAACACCCGUUGUCCGCUCCAUACGGAGAGUGGUAUGAGGGAGAGAACAGUGACACCGUCGCUGCAAACGCUAGAGCUCCCCUUCUCGUAUAUUGAAGAAGGCGAGAACAAAUUUGCGCUCGUGAAAGUAGUGCUUUGCGCGAAAUGUCAGAAGAAGCUCGUGUGGAAGCGAACGAAAGAGAGAGAGGAGGAAAAGGUAGAGCGGAAGGAACGGGAAGAAGGCGAGGAUGAGGAUAUUCAGCGUGCUGGUGUUUUGGACAGACAGGGCGUGGAGCAGCGUGCAGACAGUAUUGCAGAAGAGCUCUCAGGGGGAACAUCAAGUCGCGUUCGAAGAAAUGACCGUGGUCAGGAGGCCUCCAGACAUUCUGAUCACAAAGGGGACAUAGAAUCUGCUCGUCAGUCCCGCAGAAGGAGUUCGCGAUCACGUUCUCCGCGCAGACACUCGGGAGGCCAUCAUCGGGGGCGGCCUUAA